AUGAGAAACACAUUCGGACCUGGAGUUGCCAUGAAGACGAACGACUUUAUCUCCUUCAUUAUCUUCUGGCUCAUCUCAUGUCCUUUCCUCCUUCUUCGGCCAGAACAAUAUCGACUCUCCUCAAUCGUAUCUUCAGUCAUUGUCAUCAUUGCGGCAUUAGCAGUCUUCAUAUGGGCUAUCGUAAAACAAGGCAACGGGGGCCCACUCAUUAGCAACCCUGAAACUGUUUCCGGGAUUGGGGAGCUCAAGGGGGCGGCGUUAGGUUGGGCCAUGAUGCGUAUGAUCACGAGCGGGAUCGGUGGUUGGGCUGGAGGAGUUGAUUUUUCUCGUUAUGCUGCAAAACCUGGUGACCAAUUGUACGGGCAGAUCUUCAUUAUUCCUUUGUGUUUAUUGGGAACUAACGUGCUCGGAAUCGUGACCACAUCCUGCGCUCGUGGAUUCUAUCCUGACGAACCUCUCCUCUGGAAAUUAUACGAUUUGUUACAAGCGAUUCAGGAGUACAGCGGUCCGGGAACUCGUGCGGCCGUUUUUUUUGCAGCCUUUGCUUUCUUCGUGUCUCAGCUAUCCGUCAACGUCACCGCAUGCGGUGUUGUCGGAGGGAUAGAUCUCGCUGUGCUCCUCCCUCGAUAUAUCGAUAUCAAACGGGGCGCUUUCAUCGUCGGGAUAAUUGGGAUAUGCAUUAAUCCGUGGAAGAUCCUCAACAGCGCAAACUCGUUCAUCUCCGUGAUCUCAGGAUACGCUGUCUUCCUUGGCCCUCUUUCAGGCAUAAUGACCGCGGAUUACCAUCUUCUACGACGACGACGGUUAAAACUGUCUCAUCUCUUCAUCCCGAACUCAUCUAGUGACUACUGGUUUUGGCAUGGCAUCAACUGGCGAGCACCAGUAGCGUGGAUCCUUGGUGUCUGGCCUAGUAUGCCCGGGUUCUGCGCGUCUAUCACCCCGGACUCGAUCCGCGUUAGUACGAUAUGGAUACGUGUCUACUACAUGUCCUGGCCGUUAGGAUUUACUAUAAGUGCUGCGACGUGGCUGUUUCUGAAUAAGCUGUGGCCGCCACUGGGCGUCGGUGAUGUGGAUGAGAAAGAUGUGUUUGGUACGUUUGGGCCCGCGGAGUCUUCUGUUUCGAGUCUAGUAGAGGAGAAGGACUCAAAGCAAAUGUAG